AUCACGGGAGGGUCAGUCCUGCACACAGUCUUUUUAACUGGGAGGGCCGCAAUAACAUACGGGUGGAUUUAUUUAGAGAGGCGCCGGAAGCAGCAGGUUGGUGCAGGACAGCAGAGAGGGGAGCAAGCAGUGCGGGAUUAUCCUUUGGGCUCUACUUAAACCAUCCGCUAUAUCUUUUCAUAUUUUUGCGCCGCCGGGACGACAUGGAUCUGACCCAAGAGUCCAUUUUGUCCUUUUUACUAGAGCACGGAGGCAAAGUAAAGAACUCGGAGCUGCUAAACUAUUUCAGAAGCCACAUCAACUGCAGCGAUCCCGCGGAAAAGCAGCACAAUAGAGAGCUUUUCAAGAAGCUGGUGAACAGCGUCGCUGUGGUCAAACAGAUCGACGAGGUGAAGUUUGUGGUCGUGAAGAAAAGGUACCAGGACUUUAUUAAAGAGGCGGCACAGGAUGUGUCGCAGAAACUGCAGAUGGAUGAGAGCUUUUCCAGCCAAAACACGAGUUUUUCCUGCACAUCUCCAGACCGAGCCGAGCCAGCCAGGACUGACUCAGAUAUUGAAAACAAUAACGUAGGCGACGCCUCAAACUUUAAUCCCAGUUCUAACACCGAUGUAAAACACAUGUCUCUGUGGGAAAUGCAGAAAAAGAGUGUGAUAUCUAGAAACGUGAGUAUCGAGGAUACGACCACCGUUAAGGUCCUGAAUAUCUCCGGAGAUCAGACGAGUAGAGCGGGGAAAUCUGGAGCUGUGUUCGCUGUCAUAGCUGUGAAAUCUCCAGGGAGAGACUGUGCACCAGCAGCACUGGGCGGAUCACACUCCCGAGUGCAUCAGCAGAUAACUUUAGACAAACCAAUUAAUUCGAGUGCUAAAGUUUCUACACGACCAGCACCAACUUCAAACGCAAACUUUUCCGCUUGCAAGGGUAUAUCCAGAGAAAUCCAAAGUAAGAUGGUCACACACAGAGAUGACACGCACCCACGAGUUUUACCAGAGGUGAGGCCGCCAAACAAGACCACAAGACAAGCAGAUGAUGCCAAGUACUCAGAGUCUGUGCCUUUGGAGCGACUAGCUCAUGAGUGGUUGGUGAAGUGUGCAGCUGGGAUGUGGGGACAUAUAUAUGCUUUGCUGCUGCGGGACACUGGUUUAGCCCAGAGGAAAGACUUCAUGUCAGGGUUCACAGCACUUCACUGGGCUGCCAAGGACGGCAGCAGCGAAAUGAUACGCAAACUCAUGGACAUCCCCAGGAAACGUGGCAUCCAUGUAAACGUCAACACCAAAGCACAUGGAGGCUACACGCCUUUGCACAUCGCUGCCAUACAUGGGCACACUGAGGUCAUGGUUCUGCUUGUGCAAAGAUACAGAGCCAAUGUAAACGAAAGAGACAAUGAUGGCAAAAAGGCCUUUUACUACCUGGGCAAAGGUGCUCCGGCUGAGGUCAGAGCACUUCUGGGAAUGAAGCAGAAUUUGAAAGCAGAAGAUAUAGAGGAGUACAGAGAGCAGACGAAAGGCUUCAACACAAUCAGUAAACUGUUUCAGCCCCAUGGGAAGAAACAAAAGACUAAGUUUGUUCAUGACUGGUAAGAAGUAUCACAAAACAAGCUGUGUCAUGAACUAUUAAACCUGAAGGAGAUAACACUGUUUAUAAUUUACACCUUAUUAAGGCUUUACAUAUCUUAUAGUCUUUAACGGAAUUACAGAGGAGUACUUACUGUAACCAUUUUGUAUGGCACUGCACAGUGCAUUUGUUUUAUUAUUAAUGGUAUUUAUAAUGAUCAUUGUUUAUCUUAAAUUUCAUGUAAACUGAUGUGUUAUUUUUCUCACUGAUUAACACCACAAUGUGUAUAGUCACGCAUAUUUUCAUUACCUAAUGUGUAGUAAAUGUUUACAGGUCACUUCUCGAUUCCUGACUUUUCAAAGUAUGAGGAAAUACAAAAAUAGAUUGUACCUCCCUACUUCUUGGGAAAUAGUAAGCCAAGAGAGAGCAAAACAUUAAAAUUAGACUGCUCUAUAACAGCCACAGCCAGCUGCUUUGCAUUUCUGUACAAAUUUUUUUUCUACAAACUAUAUUUUAGCAUAUUUGAAUACUAUCACCCCUUAUCAAUAAAUCAGGAAUAGAAAAUAAAUUGCAGUAUUUUACAUUUUUACCCCCAAGUCCACUCAAAAAACUCUGGCUGACGUUCAACUGUAGUAAGUGUAGGCUGUCAGUCCACUGUUUACGUUAGCAAUAUGCUGGGUGCAUACAUCUAUUUACUCUGGAGGAGGCUUUGUGAAAGGAGUCCGAAAUGAGUCAAUGAGCCAGUAAAACUCACUUCUGUUAGAUGACACUGAUAUUGAGGAUAUUCUGAACUUCUCUGCUGCUAAGCACUGCUAUAUCUGCCAGUGUAUCUAACAUUGUUGGACUCUGAUGCUUAGUGAAUAAACUCACAAAAUGAGAAUGUAACCAAACUGUUUUUCAGAGGCAAGGUGUGAUUUUCAGGACACUCGAGCCUAACAUAAGCUGGCAUAAUGUUAGCUAAUACCAGCUAUUGUUGAUGUUUAGAUCCCAAAGAUAUUGGAAAUAAUACAAAUUAGUCAUCUGGCACAGUAUGUCAGGUCCAAUGGUGAGAAGCCAUUCAGUAAACAUAAACCCACACUUCUGAAGUGAUGACAUGACAAAACAUACUGUCACAUUUGACGAGCUUUUCCUAGAGAGCUGAUGGAGGAAAUAAACAGUUUCUGUCAAAAACUACACACAUUUGUCUGGGACAUGGUCCAGAUUGGUUAUUUCAAACUC